AUGGCAGAAUCUCAAAUCCCUCAACCCCCAUCGACCACUAUUCAGACGUCGGAUGAGCCACCCAGGACUCUGUGGAUGGGUGACUUAGACCCAUCAUUCGAUGAAACAACCAUUCAACAGAUAUGGAUGACGCUUGGGCAUCAGGUGCAGGUGAAGUUAAUUAGGGCCAAGAAAAAUCUACUGAUUCCCUGUAGUACUAGUAGUACUUUGGCAUCAUCGCAACAUGUGGAAGAUGAGAGGAUUCAGAUCAAUGGGGUAUCAUUUAUUGACCCCAAUACUACACAGCUGCAUCAUGCAGGUUACUGUUUUGUUCAGUUUCCUAGUUUGCAGGAGGCGCAAGCUGGUUUGCAACUCAAUUCUACGCCGCUGCCAAAUCUGAUCAGUUCUACCACACACAAUCCAACCAAUCCUACAGCUAAACGGAACUUUCGGUUGAAUUGGGCGUCUGGUGCCACGUUGCAAUCAGACAUACCAACGACGCCUGAGUUCUCAUUGUUUGUUGGUGAUUUGUCGCCGACAGCCACAGAGGCACAUCUAUUGUCGUUAUUUCAAACCAAGUUCAAAUCUGUCAAGACAGUGCGGGUUAUGACUGAUCCCAUUACAGGUGCUUCAAGGUGCUUUGGUUUUGUGCGGUUUGCAGAUGAGCAAGAGCGUCGUCGUGCAUUGGUUGAGAUGAAUGGAAUAUGGUGCCAGGGCAGACAAUUGCGUGUUGCUUAUGCGACGCCAAGGAACAAUAUACUUCAACAGCAACAGAUACCCGUUCCAGGUCAGCUAGAUGUACAACCCCAGCUACAGGAACAAGAACUGCAGCAACAAAAGCAACUCCAGCCACAGCAACAAAAGCAACAAAAGCAACAACAGCACCAGCAGCCCCAGACCCAGCAACAACCGGCAUUGCUUGCUGGGCAAGAGCAUCCUAUGUCUUUACAGACCUUAUCUCAGCCUCAACCGUUAAUUCAGACUUCUCCUACAAAUCAAUUCCAGCAACAGCAGCAGCAGCAGCAGCAACAGCAGCAACAGGAGGCUACUCAAACGAUAUCUUCACUGCAGCAGUCUCAGCAGUUGCCCACAACCUUGGCACAAACUUCUAACCAACAAUCACUCUUGAUGAGCACAGCCAACUCCAUAACAGGCACCAAUACACUCCCAAUGGUUACUCGGCCUGUUCCUGGUUAUACGGACCCCUCCAACACUACCGUUUUCAUUGGAGGUCUAAAUAACCAGAUUACUGAAAGUCAAUUGCAGUCUCUAUUUAUGCCGUUCGGCAACAUUUUGAGUGUCAAAGUUCCUCCAGGUAAGGGCUGCGGAUUUGUCAAGUUUGAACAUAGGCUAGAUGCGGAAGCUGCUAUCCAAGGAAUGCAAGGUUUUAUCGUCGGCAACAGCGCAAUUAGGCUAUCCUGGGGUCGUACACAUAGUCACAGCCACAGUAACAGCAAUGGCAAUAAUAACAUUGCGUUACUUUCUGCUGAUCUGCAGCAGCAGCAGCAGCAUCAACAGGCAGCGGUAGCAGCAGCGGCAGCGGCAUCGGUAGCGGCAGCGGCAGCAGCGGUUGUACAACCGCGUUCUCAGCCUCAACAACAAUAUAUGACAUGGGAUCCCCCUGCCUUUAACCAAAUUUCCCAGCCAAGUAGCUCUUCGGGAUUCAGCAUGAAUCUCAACACCACUGCUCCGUUAGUCCCCAGCGCAUCUUCCACUGGCAUGUUUCAUCCAAGUACAACUGCAGCACAGCAAGCUGCUGUUCAUCCUUCAUUGCUUCCAUAA